GUACCGGCGAGUCAUCUCGUCUACUCUCUCCGGAAAAACACGUGUUUGCGAAAAUUCAAAAAGGAAACAGUUUAUUAAAAUCAGAUAAAUACAAAAUCACACUUCAAUUCUAUUCCAUUUUCAAAUAUGAUUUAAAUUUUUUUAUAUAUAUUGAAGUGACUUAUUUACGACCAGUUGUAAUUUAAAAAAAAAGUGACUUUUUCUUUGAUUAGUUAUGUGAUAUAACGAGUCAUAUACAUUGCAAUGCUCUAUUGUUCCCACAUUUGAGAAGCUCGCACGGUUUACACGCCGCGCCGUAUACAAAUUAUUAGAUAUGAAGAUAACAUCAACGGAAAAUAAAAUGAAGUCGUAAAUAAGUAAGUCGUGAGAGCGAUGCAGUUGCGAGACGAAUGGCUGGGUGCUGGCGGCGCGGGGUGACAUGGCCGUAACGCUGCUCCUCCUGCUGAGCAUCGCCUCAGCGGGUGCGCACUACGGCGAAGUCUCGCGCCGCGACACCGGCGAUGUCUUCACUCUCAUUGAUGAAGAGUGUGGCAUGGGGCAUUGUGGGGAGCACGGCGCGAGGGCCAGCGCAGAAGUGGACGCAAGCUUCAGGGUUAGUGCUGGCGAUCGAUGCAUAUGCACGUGCCCCCAUCGAGCACCGCUCUUUAGAGAAGACCGAGAGCUGUGUGUUGACGAUCUGCCCGAAUGUUCCUUGGCAACGUUCGGGACAGGAGCUAGCGAACAACGAAUACCAUUAGUCUAUUUACCACUAAAAGGCCAAAUUAUCCACCCCUCCAAAGAAAUUACCUUCAAAGAUGUCAAGACUCCAAUCUGUGCAGUCUCAGGCGCUCAAUUCCUCACACGCAAAGGAUUUUUGGAUCUACGUAAUACUCUUGACGCCGAUGUGCCCUUCAAUUUGUUCCGUGACGAGGGUAGAACAUUUCUACAGUGGAGCGGCGAAGACGAUGUACGUGGUCGUAUGACGGGCCGCGUCAUAGUGGUGCGAUUGCUGUGCCGUGACGUGGCAUCUCCGCCAUCCUCGCCGCUCGAUCUACGUGGCGUGUUCACACCCUGUGUCGCCUUCAAAGUUCAAGGAUCACCGCCUAUGUCUGCAUCCAAUGUUACUGAAGUCCAGUUCGCACCCAAUGCACAUACGUCGGAAGGAUCAAACACAUCAGGACUUAGUAUUACAGAAUAUGUCGCUAUUGGCAUCAGCUCGCUUCUGCUUGGACUCAUUUAUGUUGCUUCAGUUUUUCUAUAUCUGCACAUUCGCAAACGUCGAAGAGCAGCUUCUAAUGAAGGCACUAUUAACAGAUUAAAGGGCAUAAAAAAGAAAGAUGGAUCUAUAAUAACCGAACGUGAUAUCGUUCGUGUAAAAAACGAAAUCAUUCAAUCCUUACCUAGUACUCUAGGUCAAGAUAAUGGAAUAGUCAAGAAAAACCCUCUCUUAAACAUACCCAGACAGUUUCAUGAAGUAAAAAGUUUUCCUAGUGACUCGGGAAGUAACAUAUCUGAUUCUGAAGAUUUUGGUGACAGUAGUGUUAAAAGUGAAGAUCACGUAUUUAAUAACCAAAUAACGUCAGCAGUAGUACAUCAUGAUGAGAUAACACCUAAAACUGAUACUGCUGAAUUUAAUCAUCGAGACGAAUCAAAUAUUGAACGGCUUCCAGAUGAACAUGUUUCUAUUGUGGAAACGACAGAAGAUCGAGAGAUUGCACGACCAGUUGGCACUACUCGACGUAAACUUUAUUUUAAUCCGGCUUAUUUUGACCCACAGUUGAUGGCGGAACCUCCAGCUGCUGCAUUAGAGUUCCUAGUAAAAAUUAGAGAAGUAAUAGCUAUUGCCAAACACAAAAUGGCAGCUAAACGCUUUCAACCAAUUCUAAAUCAUAUACCCGAAGAAGAAACUUACACGUCUAUUGGAAACAGCAUAGAUAUAUAUCAAGGUCUUGGUAGUCAAAGAAGCGGAAGUGCCAUUAGUCUUAAGAGAGAAAAUAGUAGAAAGAAAACUGCAAACUGUAUAGGUUGUCCCGGUUGCAAAACUAAUAAUGGAAGUGAUAUACAGAACUUACUGAAAUAUGACAUGCCUUCUUGUAUGAACUGUAUGCGAGGCAAAGGUGAUAAACAAAAUAGCAUUCGAAAGUGGCUCGAAAAUAUACCAACAGGAAAGCAACAAACACAUCAAAGCGAAUUUAUUAUAGCGCUUCCAGUUACUGACAGACACAAAAUACGAAAACAGAAUAGUUUUUCAAAUGCUGAAUCUAUUCAUCAGAAAGAUACGUCCCUGCGUAAACAUUCUUCUAUGUCUAAUAUAUCCGUUAAAUCUGAACCAGCACUUAGAAACUAUAAUAUCCCUCUUCCUGAAUUCAAUAGUACAGAGUGUCAGCAUAAAUAUAACCAAUAUGGCCAAUCUGUUUCGUGUAUGGAUAAUAUUAAACAUCACAAUCAGACUGAUUAUCGCACAGGUAGCUUGAGAAAUAAUGCUCUAGCUAAUCAACGACGAAAUAGAUUUAUGACAAAUAAAAAUUCAUUACCGGAUAUGGUCAACGAUACUUUGGAUGAUUGUUCAAAAAGUUAUAAUCAUAGUAGUUCAGACGAGGAAAGAUUUAAUGAUAAAACUUCUAAUAGUGCCAAAACCAAUGUCCUUCCCAAACGAAAUUGUGAUAGCCCCAACGGCAACGAUUACGAAACAGACAGUCUUGAAAGAACUUCAGUACAAAAAAGGAUAUCAACACCUACUGAUUAUAUUGAAAUUCCUUCUUCACAAGCUAGUCCCAGUUUAAGCAACGCAUUACCACUUGAAGAGGAACUCACCAUGAGGAAUGCCGUAUAUAAAACACAUUCCAGUAGUAACAGCAACACUCCAUCUCCACAAAGAGAUGUAGGAAUUGAUCAAAACCAUUACGAAACAAUUGAAAAAAUAAAAACAAAAACUAACGGUAAACAUAGUAAUACCAAUAUUAAUCAAAAGAAUGAUUAUAGUUUAGUAAGUGAAGUAUACGUUAAUAAUAAUUAUAAUUUUGGUAGUACACCUACCUCACCAAGUGGUUCUGAUUGUUCUAUGGGAAGUAGAAAAUUGGUUUCAAAAAUCAAUAAUCAUAUUGAAGGUAAACCAGGCUGCUUAACUAUAGAAGUUGUAGAUCCACCUGAAAAUUAUAUUAAAAUACAUGAAUCCGAUGGUUUUGAGCCUGACACACUUGACAGAAAGCAUCCAAAACAUAAACAAAUUGUAGAUAAUAUUCAGUGUAACAAGAACCAUUUCUUAAAUAAUGAAGAGAACAAGACUUCUUCAUCCAAUCAAAGAAUACAACUAAGAAGCAGUGGUACUUUUAAAAAACCAAAUCAAAAGGCAGAAAAUAAGCCAAAAUUUAAUAGCUUGAGAAAUGAAUAUGAAAAUCGCAAAAAUGGUCACGAGCGUACGAAGUUAGUAACAAAUGCGUUUAGUGGACCAAAAAGUUUAGAUGAGACGGAAAAGACUAUUGAAGAUCUCGAAGAUUGGGCCACAGAAGAGGGGCGCAUAUUAACCUUGGAACUGAGACAUUCUAAAAGACAACGCCAAUGUACACCACCCACAAUUAAACAACUAAAGAGUUUAGCACGACCAGACAUUCUUCCUCCUUUACCGCCUACAGAAGACAAUCCAAUUUAUGAACAACCAGCUUACCCGCCACGGAAAGUCGAAAUCGAAACACAUUCUAGAUCACAAUCAAAAAACGUGAGUAACAGAACCCUCAACCCAAGAAUAAUUAGUAAUAUCACAACCGACUCCUUAUCGAGUAACGCAAAUUCUAUACCUCAAAAACUAGAUAUUGCACCUUCCGACAGUCUACUGAGAGCUUCUGACCCAUUACAAUUGUCGGAGCAUGAAAAAAUGGAAGUAACAAAUAAAAAAAGUGAUGACUUUUGCAGGAAUUCAAAUAGCAGACCAUCAGGGCGCAGUAGUAGUUGUGGCAUUAAUUCUAAUACUUUUGUAAGGGGAUCAAAGGAAGAGAUACAAUCAAAGCCACGUUUUAAAAGAAAAAAAGGUAAAAGUACAGAAGAUUGUGGAUAUUUAAGCAGUGAUUCUAUGAGUUCGAGACAACAGGUUCAGAAAAAAAAUAUUGUUACUCCUAAAACGGUUAGUUGUAGUGAAAGUGAUGAGACUGAAAAUGAAGCUAGAAGUGAAUCUGGUGCCGAAAGUAUAGAAACACAUUCAGUUUAUUUUGGUAGUUUUAGAAAACUCCAAAUAAAUAUUGAAAACAACAAUGGGAAUGACGUAAAAAGUGAAAAAGGCAGUGGUAAAAAAAUUAAACGUUCUAAAGAUUCUAUAUAAAGAGACCAUUUAUACUUUAAAAAAUAGUGCAAUAAAUUUAACAAACUAUGUGCAAUAUGAUAUGUGCAAUAAAAUUCGUGUAUAUAUAUUUUUACAAUAAUAC